UAUUGGAUGUGGAGCAGGAGUGGGUCUUCGGGGCCAUGCGCAAAGAAGAGGAAACUUUGGGGUCUUAUAUCAUGCCUGCGUCUGGCUAUGUAGAUAACUUGCGGAUAUACAAUGUGACCAGGACUCAGACCGAGAUCCAAGCCAGCAUGUUCGGUGCAGGGGUGAUCUGGGAGGACAUCACAGUCAACGAGAGUGCAUGGCUCACGCAGCAGCAAUACGCACAGGCCCUAGACGACUGGCAAGGCAGCUAUAUGCAGGUGUUUCUACCGCAGCUGAGCGAGGAAGCCACCCAGAGCAUCCUGGUGGGGUGGCCCAAGGCCUGGACUGCAGCUCAGAGGAGAAAGACGGGUCUUAUUCAAUCCUUUGACUUCAAUGAAGACCCGUACAUGCUAGCUGCGUCGCCUAAAUACACAAACCUAGUCAAUGCCAGCCCUUCACAGUACAACCCCGACUCAAUGUCGUCAGAAACCUCGCCUUUCCCGCUCCGGGGCAAACUCUUAUACGCAAUCUCCGUAACCCAGACUGGAGACAGUGUCAUACUAGUUCACUGCUACCAUGACAACUUUACGGACUGUGACUUCGACCCACCGAUUGAACGCGAGGAGUACCUGACUCUGUCUAUAGCCAUUGAAGCCGGGCAGAGGCCCAAGGUUGAUGCUGCACGGGCAAUCAUCAAUACGAAUGCCAACCACUACCUGCAAGUCUUUGGGGCGGAUGACGCCAUACCAAAUGAGAUGACCAUCCAGCUGUUCCAUAAACCAUUCCAACACGCUGAUGGGUCUAUAUUCGCCAGGCUGAUGCGGCUAAACGGGACCAAUCUCCCGCUUUCGCUGUCCUACCGCCGGUCAAGGAUAGUGUUACAAGUGGGUGGUUAUGAGCUCAGUCGUGACAUGCAGCUACAAGCGACUAACGUGCAAGCAGGCAUUGAUCCAGGCUACUUCUAUGAAGCCUGUCUGCUCACCUUCACAACCACGCUCACAGCCACGGGCGAUCUUAAGUACGAAGUGAUAUACGUCUCAACGCUUGACGGAAAUGCGACAACUGUGAUGUCGGAAAUAGCUCAACUGUCGCAUAUUCUGGCUGGCCAGGGCUACGACGGGUCUAACUUUGAGACAUUGGGCCACUCAGUGUACUUUGGGAGUGGCUUCAUGGCGAAUAGCGAAGGCCAGCUCAACCCGUACAGGAUCUAUUAUGGUCUGAUGGACGAUGUCAAAAUAUGGAACAGAGUGCUGACACUGGAAGAAAUCAAGGCGUCCAGAGGCAUCAGGGAGACCAACAACUCGCCGGGUCUGCUGGCGUAUGUGACCUUUGAUCAAUUCCCCGUGGGCAUAGUACACAACCACACAGACAACCACGUUCACUUCCCAGUCAUCUACGAGACGGUGGCGGGCGCAAAUGAGACCAGCAGCGGUGUCACCGGUCAGGCGAUCGGGCACAAGUACGGCCUCACCCCAAUCGCCCUGUACAAGAAUGUGGGCGAAUACGAUCAAAUACAGGCACCUGGCAUCUCCAGUAAUCCUGCCUCAUAUGUGUGCGACGUCAGCGUGGAUGGAUACCGAGAUCCUUGUAUGGACCAACUGUACCAGCAAGUCAACAACGAGAUAGACGUACUCAUUCUCACCAUCCGCACUCUGCCGGUGUUUGGGACACUGCUCAGGCGCAAUCUGACUGAAUUGCAGGUCAAUGACACGGUUGUCCUGCCCCUGAGUGACGAAGGACUGGCCUUGGUGCUGCAGGCAUUCUCCCAUUUCAACGGAACGCACCCAUUGGUGGAGGACGAAUUCUUUGGCAGCCCAUUGGUCUACGAUGCUCCUGCGACGUCGGGCCUAGAUGCAUUCGCGUACUCUGUCCGGUCACCAACGCUCGCGAGUGAUUUCGAGUACGUGAUCGCUCAGAUUCAAGUGUUGCUGCCCUCGCCCGCUUUGACUUCUGCAAUUACAAGUGACUGCAAGGAUGUGGAUACUAUGACAUUCGACCAGAACGAUUGCAUUCGGCUCACUUUUAGCACCGACGUACGUGAGGUAGAUAUGCACGGGAAGUCGUCUGUGGACCAAUACAUCACCUUCAGCUGCGAUCUGGGAGAUUCGGACUACUAUGGCAAAUGGGCCUACUCGUCGCUGUACAUCAUCUUCAAGAGCGUGGAUGCGAAUGUGCCAGUGCCCGUUUACGAAGUCCCUUGCUCCGUCACUGUCAGUAAUGUCAACACCGACAAGCAGAUGACAAUGCCGAACUCGACCGUGGCAAUGACUGGGAACUGGGGCGUUGCUCAGGGCAUCGACCACAUGACUGCGAUCUGGAUGGGAGGCGUUCUGGGGCUUAUAACCAUCGGCAUGUUCAUCUUUGUGUGUUUUAACAGAGACCACCAGGCCAUUCGCUGCACGGCGGUGUUGUCGUAA